GGCGCAUCAUAAAAAAUGAGCGUAGAACGAAAAUCGUUGUUUGUCAAUAUUAACAUAUUAUUUUUUGCAAAAAGUCGCGAGCUAGCAAAAACUUCACGCGCCGAAUUUGCCGUUGAAGGUGUCGUUAAAGCAAGAAAUUUACUAAAUCAAUUGAUAGAUAAAUUCAACUUGAGUUCAAUAAGUCAAAACUUGAUUCUAGCUCACAACGAAACCUACAUUGAAGAUCUAAACGCUGAGAUUAUAUUACAACAAGGAGACGAGAUUGCCGUAAUUCCACCAAUAAGUGGCGGAUAA